AUGGAGCCCCGUUCAAUGGUCCUGCUGGGGCUCCUUCUUGCUUAUGGACUGGUCUGUGGUGUCCAGCAGACUCAAGGGAGUCCAUCCGACAGCAGCCACGGCAGGGAAAGGGCCCAAGAAAUUGAUAGUAGCGAUGGUCUAGAAAAAGAGUUUAUCUAUGCAAGAAGGAGCAAACGUGCUCCACCUGACCAGCCGCAGGACAAGUGCUCAUACACUUUCAUUGUGCCUCAACAAAGAGUGACAGGGGCUAUCUGUGUCAACUCCAAGGAGCCUGAGGCCAUGCUGGAGAAUCGGGUCAACAAGCAGGAGUUAGAGCUGCUAAACGUGGAGCUACAGAAGCAGAAGAGGCAGAUUGAGACCCUUCAGCAAUUGGUAGAGGUGGAUGGAGGCAUUGUCAAUGAGGUCAAGCUUCUGAGGAAGGAGAGCCGAAAUAUGAACUCCAGAGUCACCCAGCUAUACAUGCAGCUGCUCCAUGAGAUCAUCAGGAAGAGAGACAAUGCCCUAGAAUUGGCUCAGAUGGAGAACAAGAUCCUGAACCAAACCUCUGAGAUGCAACUGCUUACCAGUCGAUACAAAGACCUAGAGCACAAAUAUCUGCACCUGGCCUCUCUGGCCACUAACCAAUCAGCUCUUAUUGUUCUGUUGGAAGAGCAGUGCCAGAGUCGUCCUCCCCCCCGUCAUGUCCCUGUUCCCCAGCCCCAACCCAGACCCCAGCCCCAGCCCCAGCCCCAGCCCCGGCCUCAGCCUCCACCUCCACCAUCACCACCUAUCAACAGGCCUUACCAGCCACCAGUCCUUCCACGUGCUAACAACCCAAUCAGCAACGAGAUCCAGAGUGACCAGAAGUCUCUACCGCCUGUCCUUCCAACAAUGCCUGCUGGCACACACAGCCCAUCCACCACAGAUAAACCCUCUGGUCCUUUUAAGGAUUGUCUGCAAGCUCUAGAAGAUGGCCACACUAACAGCGGCAUGUACCUGGUGAAGCCAGAGAAUGCCAACCGACUUAUGCAGGUGUGGUGUGACCAGAGACAUGACCCAGGUGGAUGGACCGUGAUCCAGAGGAGGAUAGACGGCUCUGUCAACUUUUUCAGGAACUGGGAGACGUACAAGCAAGGCUUUGGCAAUAUUGACGGCGAGUAUUGGCUAGGUCUGGAAAAUAUCUACUGGCUGACUAACCAAGCAAAUUACAAACUGCUCAUCACGCUGGAGGACUGGUCUGGCAGGAAGGUGUUUGCUGAGUAUGCCAGCUUUAGAGUGGAACCUGAAGCUGACUUCUACAAGCUACGGGUGGGUCGUUACCAUGGCAACGCCGGCGACUCCCUCACCUGGCAUAAUGGCAAACAGUUCACAACACUGGACAGAGAUCAUGAUGCCUAUACAGGUAACUGCGCCCACUACCAGAAAGGAGGCUGGUGGUACAACUCCUGUGCCCACUCUAACUUGAAUGGAGUUUGGUACAGAGGAGGACACUAUCGUAGCCGCUACCAAGAUGGAGUCUACUGGGCUGAGUUCAGAGGAGGAGCCUAUUCGCUAAAGAAAGUGGUCAUGAUGAUCCGUCCAAACCCAAACACUUUCCACUAGGCAUCACAAAACCAAACAAAACUUUACAGGUUCUCAAUUCCAUGUCAUCACCACCUAUCAAGCCAGGUGAAAGUGCAAUAUCAAAACAUCAGGCCAAUAUUUUGGUACCUCCUGACAAUUCAAAGAAUUUGUGCACUGUUAUUUAGUUGUCUGUACCAUUUUCCCUUGUAUGAGUCAGUAAAGAUGUGCUCAUUGCUCAGGAGUUGUGUACACUGUCUCUGGGUACGGACAGUGCCUUAUUUUGAUCUGUGUGAGAUUUUAAUUUGACAUGAAAAGGACUGAUUACAAUAAUUCAGUUAUGUAGCUUUGAGAUAGGAACCCUACAAUAUAUAUUUAGUAUAUACUGUAUGUGUAGUACUUUGCAGUAACAAGCAAAUGACGAUGACACAGGAAAUGUAUCCAGUGACUGUCUUUUAAUUUCAUUCUAAAUACAUUUUUUCAAAAUGUGCAAUUUAUAGGAACACUUGCAGGCUUGAUACAGGGUUGAUAUUCUGGUCUAUUAUAACAAAAUAUACUGUACACAAUAAUGCCAUUUUCUUUUCUAACAUAAAACCCAGAGUUUUGCAAAAACAAAUAGUUAAUGUCAAUAUCAUUACCUGACUUGAACUAUGAAGUGUUUGUCUGUUUAUGCAACACUCUACCAAAGUUUU